GCUCCGGCGAACACCGAUCAUCGAUCAUCGAUCUUGCGCAGAGUUUUGACCAGCCACAGGAUGAGAUUGCACAGACUGCUGCCGCUCCUGGCGCUCCUCGGCGUCCACGUUUCUUGCCAGUGCCCAGGCCAGGCCAUCGUUGGCUCCGGACUUCCUGCGCCGGAUGGCGAAUCAACGACCAACUCAUCCACGGACACCAGACUAAGGUUUCCCAGCCAGGACGAGAUCCUGGGACAGAUGCCGCCCAUUGCCCCCAUCCGCACUGGCAGUCCGCAGAUGGACGCCUUCUACAUGAUAUUCCCCGCCCUGAGCAGCAUCUUCCGCUGGAGCAGCCUCUUCCCGGCCCAAUCGCUGCUGGGCGCCUUCUCCGACAACAUGCAGCCUGCGGCGGCUGCCUCCAAGGUGGUGCUGGUGCUGGCCGAUGAUGCCACGGCGAAGACCCGGGUGACCCGUCAGAAUCCACCGCAGCCCAAUCCCUUUGGCCAGAUGAUGAGCUGGCCGCAGGACUUUGGCUUCCGGCCGGAGAACUUUGCACUGCCCAACAUUGACAUGGGACCGCAGGUGGGCUCGUUUCUGGCCCAAAUGCCGCCACUGCCUGGCCUCCUGGGUGCUGCGGCUCCAGGGCCAGUUGCAGCUGCAGCUGAUCCUCCUGCUCCAGCUGCUGAUCCAGCGCCACCAGCUCCGCCGGCAGCAGUUGCAGCCGCCGAUCCUCCAGCAGCGGAUGCUCCCCAAGUGCCAUUCCUUCUGGGACAAUCGCUGCAGAAUGCCUUCAACUCAAUGACGCCGCCGAACUUGGAUAUGUCCACGCUGCUGAGUCAGGCCAUGUCCCCGCUACCCAAUCUUAGUCAGGCCUUGCCCCCGCUCCCUAAUCUUGGUCAGGCCAUGCCCCCGCUCCCUAAUCUUGGUCAGGCCAUGCCCCCGCUUCCCAAUCUUGGACAGGCCAUGCCCCCGCUACCCAAUCUUGGACAGGCCAUGCCCCCGCUACCUAAUCUUGGUCAGGCCGCUCCUUCCACCUUGGACUUUGUGGCCCAGAUGCAAAGGCAAUUCUUCCCGGGAAUGACACCGGUAGCUCAGGCAACACCUGCCGCCGGCACGGAUGCCCAGUCCUCGGAUAUUUCCGAGGUGAGGGUGCGUCCCGAGGUUGCCCACUCGUCGGAGGCGGAGAUGGCCCACCAGAAGAUCAAGUCGACCAUGGAAAGGGAGAGGGAGCAAGUGCCUCUGCUGUGGUUCCGCAUGCCCAGCACUCAGAAGGGAGAUGCGACGGAGGAGAAGUCAGUGGACGAUCUUCGCGUGGAGGCCAAAUUGAGGGCUUUCGAGCGUCAGGUCAUUGCCGAACUGAAAAUGCUGCAGAAGAUCGAGCUGAUGGCCAAGGAGAUGAGGGCCAGUGCCGAUGGUGAGGCCACAGGCUACAGGCUCAACUAUCCCCUGAGUCGCACUCCCGUCCACAAGAUCACCCGCGCUGACAUCGAGCAGGCCCUGCGGGAUGACUAUGUCCGUCGCUUGGUCGCCAAGGAGGCGCAGCGCAAGACCAGGACUUUGGCACAGCCAGGUGCCAGACAGGCAAGUGGCCUCAAGCGACAGGCCAAGAUCCAGGAUCAGACCAUGUCCAAGGAGGACAUCGUCCAGAUAAUGGCCUAUGCCUACCGCAUGGCCAGCGAGCAGAUGGAGGGUGAGAAGGGCCACAAGGACAAGGUGUACGCCGCCUACAGGACAACUGGACGGCAGAGUGAUCCGCUUCCACCCACCCAGGAGCAGAAUUUCCCGACUCGGAGACAGUGGUCCGAGGAUCAAGCCACGAUCCAACAAAUCCCUCAGCUUCAGAAUCCACCCAUGCAGAGACAGAUGGCCGAAGGUCCCCAAAUGGAGCAGCAGAUGCAGUUGCAGCAGAGACAGUGGUCCGAGGAGCAGGCCAGGAUUCAGCAGGUUCAGCAGCAGAUGGCUCAGCCCCAGAACGCCAUGAUGAUGCAGCAAAGGCAGAGUGAUCCGCUUCCACCCACCCAGGAGCAGAAUGCCCCGACGCGGAGACAGUGGUCCGAGGAUCAGGCCACGAUCCAACAAAUCCCUCAGCUUCAGAAUCCACCCAUGCGGAGACAGAUGGCCGAGGGUCCACAAAUGGAGCAGCAGAUGCAGAUGCAGCAGAGACAGUGGUCCGAGGAGCAGGCCAGGAUUCAGCAGGCUCAGCAACAGAUGGCUCAGCCCCAGAACCCCAUGAUGAUGCAGCAAAGGCAGUGGUCAGAGGAUCCCAAGGUGAUGCAGCAGAUGCAGCAGGAGAGGCAGUGGGCAGAUAACCAGGCCAGGAUGCAGCAGCAGCAACAGCAGCAGCAGCAGAGACAGUGGUCCGAGGAGCAGGCCAAGAUGCAGCAGGAUCAGCAGAUGGCCCAACAACGUAUGGCCCCACAGAAUCCCAUGAUGAUGCAGCAAAGACAGUGGACAGAGGAGCAGGCCAAGAUGAUGGAGCAGCAGCGUCAGAUGGCGGAGAGUCCAGCCCAAAUGAUCCAGCAGAAUCCCAUGAUGAUGCAGCAGCAGCCGCAGCACCAGACUCCCAUGAUGCGUCAGUGGGCAAAUGAGGAUGAGGCAGCCCAGAAGUGGGCCGACGAGAAGGCCCAGGCUAUCCAAAUGCAGCAGGAGGAGCACAUGGUCGGCGAGGCAGGUCCCCAGAUGCCGGAGAACGAGGGCAUCGCCCGGCACAAAGUGGACUUCCUGGGACUCGGCGGCGACAAGCGCAAGAAGUCCAAGUCGCACUCCUCGCCCCCGACGGUUAUCAACUAUUACUAUGCGGCUCCCCAACGACCUGCUGCCCCAAGCUAUGGUAGCAGCUAUGGCACCACCUAUGGCGGCGGUGGCUAUGGAUCGAAUGCCUACGGUCCCGUCCAUGCCAACUACUAUCAUGGUCAGGGCUAUCGCACAGCCGUGGGCAACGAUGAGGUCGACGAAAUGCUGCGCCAGCACCAAACGAUGGCCAGGACAAUAAACCCUCAGCCAUCAGGAGCAGUCGGCGGAGCGGACUCCACGCCACCGCCAACGACGACGGGAGGAGCUUCGCAGGAGCAACUGCAGCCACAUCGAGUCCACAAAAGGUUAGCCAUUUACCGCAGGUUGGUUAGGGGUUUGGGUGAAGUGGAGGCCACAUCCAAGGGUUGCGGAUGCGGCCGGUUGGCGUGCCAGUGUGGCAGGAAUUGUCGGUGUGGCAGGAGCAGAUGGGCCUCAACUGGCUACUGCCAGUGCAAGGCCAACCGCAGGAGCAGACGUAGUGCCGAGUACGGAACCUUGGAGGCCAUCGACGAAGGCUCCCUCAACGAACUGCGCCGCGAAUACAAGAUGGGUCUGAAGGAGAUCACCCUGACGCCCGACGAGGAUCCUGCCGAGGCACUGAUGCGCUACAAUGCGGCCUCCAUUCGGGAGGCCUUGGAGCAGGCCAGCAUGGAGCCCCUGGAAAUCGGUGGAGAUCAGUACGAGGAGGGCAUCCAGCAGCCGGCCAUGGAGGAGCAAUCGCAGCCAGAACCCAACACACAGCAGCAGCAGCAGCAGCAGCAGCAGCAGCAGUACAACCACCAGGACUUUGUGCGUCUAACCACUUCGACGGCGGCACCAGCUGUGACCACAACCACCACUGAGACCACCACUCCCGCAGGCAGUGAGUCCACUUCAGAGGCACCUCCUCCAACGGAAGUAUCCACGACAGAAGUUACGGCACUCCCAAAAGUUGAGGAUGGCGACAUGCAACAGGACUCCAUGGCCGAGAGUUCCCAUGCGACCAAAUCGAUAUCCAAGCAGGAGGCGGAGAUCCAUCACCUGCACAGCAUUGUGGAUCAGCUGAAGGGCGAGAUCCUCAAGCUGAACGACAGGUGCAACCAGUUAAUGCCAAGUGUUGCUAACAAUAAGACAGUUACGGAGAGUGGAGAUGCCAAAGAGGUGCAGAAAGUGGAUCCGGAGGAGGAGGAGCAGGAAGAGAACGAGGAGGAGACAGUCACCUCCACCACCACCACAACCACAGAGACUCCGGGCACUAGAGCCGAAUUUAAGUCGAUUAUGGCCCAUGCCGAAGCCAGGAUAGAUGGCACCACCAAUGAACUGGACCACGAGGAUGAUCGCAAUUGGCAGCGCAUUCUGGCCAAUCGGGGCUACGACACGGACUACCUGACCAAAAGCCAUGAUCCGAAUCAGAAUGUGGAACUGCCGAAGCCCUGCAAUUACGUGGGCACCGGCAGUCAGGAGUACUCGGCCUAUCCGGAAUUCCAGGCGGACGAACCCACGGCCGAUGCAACGGAGGGCAAGGCCAAAAGGGCAUUGAGUGUGAAACAGCAGGCACUGCUGCUCAAUGCGGCGCUGAACGACAGUGGCAGUGAGUCCGGUGGUGACCCUAGCAGCACACCCACUCCAUACGCGAUGCGGGGAAAGUUUGUGCGGAGGAGGAGGACGCCUAGUCCGAAAACCACAAAGGACGCUGACGUCGAGGGUUGGGUGCGAUCCACUCGCCAGGCGAGAAUGCCACAGCGACCCCGUAAGGUCAGCAGCGUGGGCAAAAAGGUCAAGGGGUCACAGGUCACCGCGCAGGCCAGUGUGAGUAGCAGCAAACUAGACAGCCUGGUGGAUGUGCUCAAGGAUCUGCUGCGACUGCAAAUCGAGAAAGAGAAAAGGGCCAGUCUUCUGCGAUCACAGAGCAAUACCCUUUCGAAGGAACCAAAGUCCAUCAAGCCCAUCAAGUCCAUCACGCCCAUCACGCCCACCAAACUCGUCAAGCGAAAGAGGUUGCGCGGAAGGCAACACAAACCCAUGGCCACCACUACUAUCAGAAGUUUCAUCCAAUCGAAUGCAUAAGACCCUUAAUCCAAACUAACUAACCCUAAUCUAACUACACUCAAAUUCCAUAAUUUUAGGAAAAGUUCCUUUAAUUAAGGAAUAAAGGACUAAAGGUGGCCUUAAAGAUGAGACUACCAAGUGUAUAAAUGCCAAAUUACCCUAAAACUAUUAAGCCAUUUUGUUUGAUGAUUUUUACGUACACUGACAAAAACAGUUAGGAAGUUAAACAAAAAUAUUUG